AUGGUGACUGUAGGAAUGGAUGUUCGAGAGGCUGGAGAGGACCUUCUUGUCAACAAGAUAUUAGAUAAGAUAUUUUCCAACAGUAGAACGUUCUGUUACGAAGUAUUUGAGAAUAUAGCUUUAGAUUCUACUUCUGUCAGUCAAAGUGGUAUAUAUAGCAAUAGAUCAAGUCUAUAUAGGCCGAAACUAGUUGUAGAUGGAUAUAACGAUACCAAUAGAAACAUACAUUACCGUAGUGACACUGAGACUGAUAACUCAACUUGGCAGUGGUGGUUUAUAGAUUUACAAGAAGAAUAUCCUAUAGGAUAUUUAAAGAUCUUUCACAGAUAUGAUCGAUUGUAUGUUUUUAAAGGAUUUUCGGUACAUAUUGAUAAUGAAUUAUGCUUUCAACAUACCGGAUCAUCGAAUCCUCCUGCUGUAUUUCCAAUAGAAUGUUAUGGAACUUUAACUGGUCGUUAUGUUAAUAUCAGUCGAUAUUCUGAUACACUUCGAUAUAUUGGUUUAUGUGAAGUUGAAUUAUACGGUAUGUCUUUAUAA